GUUUCACUUCUCCUGUGUUCUGGAUGAGAGCAUCUACAGUUAUGUAAGGUUAUAAAACUAUGAAGAAUUAAACAUCCUUAAGACAAGAAAGAUUUCUGUUUUCUCGACUUUGGCCCAGAGGAGUGAGUGAAUGGAUAACACCCACUCCUGCUCAGGAACUUUUAACGUGCCUUUGAGACUGUGCUGGUGCCGGGCAGCUGCAAGUGAGUACUUUUGGUGCUGCAGAAGCUCCCACUGAGAGAUCCUGUCUGCGCUCCGGAGGUGCUGGAAGGGGAUGUCUUUGGUUCCUAGUCUUUAAUGCAACAGAUGAUAUGCAAAGGGCAAAAUCUGGUUUUUGAAACGAUGCGUUCCCCACGUUCCCUUCUCCUCCCGGCGGUGAUCAUCAUAUGUUUUUUUAUGACGGUACCGCACAACUGCGUGGCCGCCCAGAAGAAGACCUCCUGCAGCGUGCAAGACGGCAGAGCUGACUGCAGCCACCUCAGCCUCAGCGCGGUCCCUCCAAACCUUCCCAGGAACAUCACCAGCCUGGAUAUGUCUCACAACAGAUUGAGGGGGAUUCCCCCUGUGUCACUAACCCUAUACCCAGACCUCCUACACCUCGAUGUCAGUCACAACAGUAUCACCAAGCUGGACCCGGGGUGGUGCCCGACACUGCCGCUGCUGCGGACGCUGAACGUGGAACACAAUCAAGUGUAUGUGCUGAAGGAGGAAGACCUGAGCCAUUGCACCAAUCUGACACGGUUGAUUAUGGCUAAUAAUAAGCUAAAGCUACAAGGAGAGCCCUUCUUUGCACUGCAGAGCCUUAAAGUUCUUGACGUUUCCACAAACAAACUGAAGUCAGCCAAGCUCGGCUCUCAGCCCCAGCUGCCCAGCCUCGUGAGCCUCAUUCUGGCAUCCAAUGACUUCACCACUCUGAAGAAAGAUGACUUUUCUUUUCUUAACAAUUCGUCCUUCCUACAAGUCCUCAACAUGUCAUCUGUGUCUCUAAAAACGAUGGAGCCCGGUUGCUUUAACCCAAUCUCAGGCCUGCACACUUUAAUCAUGGAUAAAGGCAAUAUGGGCACACUGGCUAUUUCUAAACUCUGCUCAGAGCUGUCAGGGACGGCCAUUGAUUGCCUGUUUCUUCGUGAGAUGAAGCUGAUCACACUCACAAACACAACCUUUAGGGGGCUGCAGAAAACAAAUCUAACCUUUCUGGAUCUGUCCCAUAAUAGCAUGGGUAAAAUUGAAGGAGGCUCAUUUCGGUGGCUGUCCAGACUUCAAACUCUAAUUUUGACCGACAACACAAUGAAGCACCUGACCAAAGACACAUUUCAGGGGCUCAAAAGUUUGAAAAGGCUCCAAAUGACGAAAGCUCUCGUAAAAGGAAAAAGCACCCCGAUCAUCGAUGAUUUCUCCUUCCAACCACUAAGUGCCCUGGAGAGUUUGAUAUUACAGAGAACUUCAAUUCAUGAAAUCAAAGAGCACACAUUUACAGGCUUGACAAGCCUUAAAGAACUGGACAUGAGCUGGAGUAGUUACGUUUCACUCAGAAACAUCACCAACAAGACGUUAGUCUCCCUCGCGGGAUCGCCUCUCAGAAUGCUAAAUCUAACCGGAGCAGCGAUAGCACAGAUCAAUCCUCGAUGCUUCUCCGUUUUGAGAAACCUCACCACUCUUUAUCUAGAUUUCAACUUUAUCAUGCACACUCUCACUGGCAAAGAGUUCGAAGGGCUGGACCAAAUGGAAGAGCUUCACAUGUCCAACAACCACCAGAAGUUCAAUCUAAGCUCCGCGUCCUUUGUCAAUGUGCCCAAUCUAAGGGUCCUGACUUUGGGAAAGAGUCUCAGAGGCGAAGCUGUGAAACUGGAUCCGUCUCCAUUCAGACCCCUGCCCAACCUCACCCUCCUGGAUAUCAGCAACAACAACCUCGCUAACAUCCCAGAGGAUAUGUUGGAGGGGCUUGUGAACCUGAAGGUGCUGAAGCUGCAACACAAUAACUUGGCCCGUCUGUGGAAGAGUGCCAACCUAGGCGGGCCGGUGUUGUUCCUCAAAGACACACAGAGUUUGAAAACCUUACAGUUGGAUAGCAACGGGCUGGAUGAGAUCCCAGCAAAGGCUCUGAGAGGGUUGAAUGACCUCCGUGAACUAAGCCUGGCCUACAACCUCCUCAAUAGUCUUAAGGACUCAAUUUUUGAUGAUCUGAACUCGCUGCGGGUUUUACAUUUACAGAAGAAUAUGAUCACAAGUGUGAGGCCCGAAGUGUUCAAAACUCCCAUGAGAAACCUCAGCCUGCUCAUCAUGGAAAAAAACCCGUUCGACUGCACGUGUGAGAGCAUACUGUGGUUCGUGACAUGGUUGAAUGACACAAAUACGACCAGUGUACCAGACCUCAGGGACCAGUAUUUGUGCAACACUCCGCUAGCCUACUUUAAACGCUCCGUCAUGGAUUUUGACACCCUCUCUUGCCAAGAUAAGGCCCCGUUUCAGGCCCUUUACAUACUGAGCAGCACUGCCGUCAUCAUGCUGAUGGUAAGUGCCUUUCUAGUGCGGUUCCAAGGCUGGAGGAUCCAGUUUUAUUGGAACAUACUGAUCAAGCGCACGUUAGGAUUCAGCGACGCCAGCGCUGAAGAGGGCAGGGAAUUUGAGUAUGACGCUUACGUCAUACAUGCAGAGAAGGACGCCGGCUGGGUGGAGAGAAGGUUGGUGCCCUUAGAGAAUGACAACUGCAGGUUCUGUUUGGAGGAUCGAGAUUUUGGCCCUGGCAUGUUCCAGCUUGAAUCCAUCGUGGAAAACAUGAGGAAGUCCAGAAAAAUCUUGUUUGUCGUCACUGAAACUCUUCUCAAAGAUCCCUGGUGUAGACGAUUUAAAGCCUAUCAAGCACUUCACCAGGUCAUCGAAGCCAGCAGGGACUCUGUGGUUCUGGUCUUCCUGCAGGACGUUCACGACUACAAGUUAUCUCGCUCACUCUACCUCCGCAGGGGCAUGCUGCGACCAGGCUGCGUCCUGGACUGGCCCGUCCAUAACGAGAGGGUGCCGGCCUUUCACCAGAAGCUCCUCAUAGCACUCGGCAUGACGAAUCGAUUGCAGGAUUGA